AUGGUGUCGUCGAUAGCCUUCAAGGCUCUCUGGGUACUUGCAUUUGCUGCCACAGCGCGGUCACAGUCAAACACUACGGGAGCCACUCCCACGUUGGCGGACGAGCCCUGUGCCCAAGUCUCCGCCUUACAGAGCCAAUAUGCUGCCUCCAGUGGAACAGUGACGGGGUUCCGAGUGUCCCCAGAUCUCGCAUAUGCUUGUCAACAAUCCGUUCCCUUGGUCAAAGAGGAUACAAUCUCUCUCCUAACUGGGCUCAAGGCUUGGGUGCAGUGGCAGAGUACUCUCGCCUGGUUAAAAGAUCCACCCCGGGACUGGCCGUUUCCUCCUGUGGAUUUGGCCAACGAACUGCAAAAGCUCGGCGAUAAAGUGCAAGACGGAAGUAUCACGAGCGAGAUCGACUUUGAAUGGCAGCUGGUGGACAUCAUAACUUCGGCUCGAGACGGUCAUUUGACAUUUGCCCCGGACGCCUACAGCGUCUUUGCAUACUUCAACCCACUUGGGAGCCUCGUCUCUGUCUCGGCGGAUGGCAAGCAGCUUCCGGAUGUGUAUCUGUAUAGUGAGGGCUUUCUACGAACUCUAUUUGAGCAGGUGACUGACGGAGACGAAGAUGAUCUUCAAAACAGCGCAGCGGAAGGCUGGAAUCCGUCUCCUAUUGUCAAAAUCAACGGAACGGAUGCGGUGACUUGGCUAAGUCAAAAGGCUUUCAACGAGACCAUGACACACCAAGAUUUGGAUGCACUGUACAACCGACUGUUCUUCUCCAUCAAUGCACCGCCCGAUGGCUCCGGUUUCGGAUACUUCUACGUACCAGCACUGCCACGGUUCUAUGGCUCCUCGAUCACUGUUGAAUUCAAGAACGGAAGCGAAGUUUCUUCUCCACUCGAAGCGCUUCCGAUCUACAACUUCUCGGGGGUUGUCGACGGCGAAAGCUUCUACCAGUCCUUCUGCAAUGUGACGGCAAAGGCUAUGGCGCAGGAAACGUCGUCUUCCGCUCCCGCUCCACAACCUUCGUCAACUGGAGCUCAAGACCCCAACAGUCUGCGACCGCAGUACCCAUCACCGGUAGCGAUCAGCAGCGACGCGUCGCUUGCUGGCUACUUCUUGGAAGAUGAGCCCAGUGUGGCCGUAUUGUCCGUCACGGGGAUGUCUGAGACAGCCCAGUUCUCCGUACAGCAAAGCCUCGCCAAAUUCUUGGACCAGUGCCGCGAGAAGAACAAGACGUAUCUGAUCGUGGAUGUCAGUCAAAAUGGUGGCGGCACUAUUUUGGUUGCAUACGACAUCCUUAAGCAGUUGUUUCCGACAAUCGAGCCCUAUUUGGGUGCGCAGUUUCGUGCAAAUGCCCAGAUCGACGUCCUCGGGACUUAUUUCACUCCCCAGGCCCAGCAAGCCGAACGAGAGCAACCUGACAAUGUCACUUUCGCCCGGUAUGGUGGGGCAUACUCACUAUUCGACGCCAGUUCGGUUAGCAAUGACAGUGGCCACGCUUUUGAAAGUUGGGAUCAACUCUUUGGUCCCGUACAGGUGCACGGCGACGACUUCAGCCACCAGCUCCAGGUAAACAUCUCGGAUGCUACCAAUGACGAGCAGAGUGGCUCCAUUGUCGUCUCAGGCUACGCCAACAAUUCCGCGAUCCCCCCGCAGCCCUUCGAAUCGCAAAAUAUCAUCGUCUUCGGCGACGGGUUUUGUGGUUCGGCAUGUACAAUCUUGUUGCAUAUGCUCAAGUACCAGGGAAAGGUGGAAUCCAUCGUGGCUGGUGGUCGACCCCAGAACGGACCAGGACAGGCCAUGGGUGGUGUCAAGGGCAGUAGAGUCGAGCCCUUUGCCGAUGCCAUACAAUUCGUCGAGUUGUUCUAUGAGGGAGCUCCCGCGGACAUGAUUGAGCAGGCGAACAAGACAGCAUUGAAAGAUCUGUGGGACAAUGCACAGGUUCUGAAGCUUCGCAACGACGAGAACAAUGGGCACGUUCAGGUCAACAUCUUCAACGCAAUUGCGCAGUACGAUGACAGUCAGACUCCUCUCCAAUUCGUCUACGAGGCAGCAGAUUGCAGACUUUGGUAUCAGCCUUCUCAUUUGCUCGACAUCACCUCGCUCUGGCGGACAGUUGCCGAACAAGCCUUCGCAUUGAAUGGGCAGGAGAAGUUCUCACUGUGUGUUCCGGGGAGUACAGGUCACCCGAGCAGCUUGAGCGGCAACCAGACUCUGUUUGAUGAUGGCCAGAUCGUCAAUGUCACCGGGUACAAUCCUGACGGCAACGGAGGUGGUAGUGGCAACGGCGGAGAUGGCUCUUCUGGCGAGGAGAAUGGUUCAGCUGCUUCUUCCGUAGGCUUGUCAGGGAUGUUACUGGUGACAGUCAUGGGUCUAGUGACGCUGGCUGGCGAGGUCAUUUUCUAG